AUGACCGAGUCAUCGCCCCGAGCGGUUCGUUUUUCAGGUACUGAAGAAGAUGACCGCAUCGACAAGAACAGGAGUCAUCGGCACGAAACUCCAAUCGAAACCAACGGCGAUCCUCAUGCGACAGAACGUCAGGACGAGCUGGGUAAUUUAUCCCGAUACGAGACAUCGGGCCACACAGGGUCAUUGACUUCUCUGCUUCCUGGGACGGUCAUUAAUGGUGCCCCAAAGUCACAGAGAGUUGCUGCUGGUGACGACGGCGCGGCCUAUACACCCAAUGGCUCCUGGCCGCAGCGACCAUUGGGUCCGGCGAGGACACCCUCGAACACCUACAAUCCUGCCACCUCCAGGAAACCAGUUCAUCCGCCAGUUACACCAUCUUUCACAGAAUCAAUCCGAUCAUCGUCUAAGACGCGCCCACGGCAGAGUGAGAGCAGGUUCCGAGCACAGGAGCGAGCAUACGUACAGAAACUUCGGCAGGACAAUAGUGGAGGGUACUUUUCGUCUUACUCGAAUUUGAAUGGAAACGAUUCGGACUCAGAAGGCGAAACUCCCUCGUCAGAGGGUCCAUAUGACGAUCGAUUCGACCAGGAGACCAUUAUGUUUUACGGCAACGACAACCUUCAGCCUACGGACGAGGAUUUGAAAGACCCAGAGAAUCGCGAAAGGCUUGAGUGGCACGGUAUGCUCGAGGCCGUCCUUACCGGAGAUGUCGUACGGCAAGAGAAGAAACGACUGAUUGGAUCGGCGGAUCAACAGGCGGGCAAGAGCGCUCACAAGACCGAACUGUGGCUGGGCAUCCGAUCCAAGGUUUGUGGAAGACAUAUCCCUGUCCAGAGACGCAUGUUGGAGGAAUCUCGGUCCACUCUUGACCGUACCCUCGACGAGAUCAUCAACUUCCAAGUCAAGGGUGAGAGCGAAGCAGGAAAACCACCCUACGAACAAGUCAAAGACAUGGUGGCCAAGAUUGAGAUGUGUGAAAACCUAUACCCUUCUUGGGCUUCACUCGCAGCAGAACACAAGGCAGCAGACUCUGCCACAUUCAAAGAAGCCCAUGAUGCUAUUAUAUCGUGGUACAACACCAACGAAAUGAUAAACACGGAACUGAACAUCCUGAGGAAGUGGGUGGGGAACGAUGAGCUCGACUUUACACGGACUAAACAGCGAUCGCCAGCUGUAAACGGUAUAAGCAGCGACGAAACAUCCUUCCUCGACCGGCUAAUGAAAGAAGACGGACUUCAAUCUCUUUACAACGACGACAAUGGGAACCUUGAAAAAGGAAUGCUUGCACCCAUAUCCACCGUCAUCAGCAAGGCGAAGGACACUCUUAUUAGGAAUUCCGAGCCGUUCCGCAAACGCCACCUACCACCAUAUCUCGAAGAGCUUCUUACUCUUAUCAGCUUCCCUUCGCGUCUCAUUGAAGAGAUCACCCGCACACGUCUCGCUUAUGCUAGGAGAGUUAAGGAAUCUGCCCAGCAAAACCCUCUCAUGCAGGAUCAAAUGAUCUCCCAAUUUCAGCUUCUGCUCAAAUUUGCCAUUCGAAUCAAAAUCGAGUGCACAUCAAUUGCGCACCCGGAACCAGGCUGGGAUCUACCACCUUGCAUCGAUGAAUCUUUCGACCAAGUUGUACUGGAAGCGUUGAAGUAUUACUUCAAGAUGCUAAACUGGAAGCUGAGUGGAAACAAGAAUACUUUCAAGGAAGCAGAACUUUUGUUUCAAGAAUGGGAUUUCGCCAACGAAAUCGGUAGCCAUCUGCAGCGAGGCCAUAUUGAAGUUGCGGAGCAGUUCAGCUCGCUCACAUUCAAGGCUCUCAACAGACUCAGCCAGACUUUCGAAAAGGAGUUGCAAGCAAAGCCCAAGGAAACCGCAUCGGAGAUGAGUAAGCGUUAUAAGGCUUGUCUCGACUCCGUACGAGUCCGCCAGCGGAUGCUCCAGCGAUUCACUCGAAUGCUGAACGACAACUAUGAGCACGCAUCCGACUACAGCAUAUCCUUCCCACCCGAGACCAUGCAAAAGUUCUACGACCAAUUGGUGGCUUCGGGUCACUUUCAAGUCGACACUCGUUUGCUUGAGCAAGACAACACAUAUGUUAUCGCAUCACCUGAGUUACGGGAGAGGCUGGAAGAUAUAUCCGUUAUGAUGGCUAUUACUUCCAAGGACCAGUUUCCCGACGAGCUCGGUGAGCAAUAUGUCCUCAUUCUCCGACCAGAGGAUCCUAUCAAUUGGUUUGGCGAAGUAAUCGAAGUACCAUUGCGCGACCUGAACCUCGACCUAAAGCGAGGACACAUACGCCUGUGCGCUUCUAGUCCCCAGACCCUACACAACGCGAGGAGGGCGUUCCUUGACGCUGUCGAUAUGCAUGUUGACCUUGUGCAGGAAUCGAGGUCCAACAUCCACAAAGUCAACUCAAGACUGACAGAAACGAGGCGGGUGGCAUAUAAGCUUUCUAAUACUUUCAUGGACAGUGUUGAAAUCAUCAGAAAACAGGCUCGGGGAAAGGACUGCCAAGAACUUAUUCAAACAUGCUUCGUUUUCGCCACAGAGUUUGGCCAGCGUUCGUUACUCUACAUGGAUAGCAACAGGCGACAGAUGAACAAUCUCAAAUUGACCAAACUUGCCCUCGAUUGGGUGAGCUUCAUUUGCGACGACUGCGUUGCAUCUGACCGAAAGACCUUUCGAUGGGCCGUACUCGCGCUAGAGUUGGCCAUGGGCAUGACACGAGGCCGUCACAUCCUUGCACUAGGCGAGGAUGAGUAUUCCAAGCUUCGUUCCAAGGUCGCAGGGUGCAUGUCUCUUCUUAUUUCUCACUUUGAUAUCAUGGGCGCCAGAUCGAACCUCGCGGCACAGGCCGAGAAAGAACGAAUCGAAGCCUUGGUAGGACAGUUCCGCAGGCUUGACAAGAACCGAAUGCUGAACGACGAAGAGGCUUCACGAUUCAUCACUGAACAGCGCAUGGAGGAGCUUGAAAGGGUAGAUGAGUAUCGACGCGAGAAGGUUGCAGAGCGACAGGGAGUCGGAAGAGUACUAGAAGGUACUAAUGAAGUCGACCGAUCGUUGGCGUACCUUUCAUCAUCAGCCACCAAUGUUACGAUGCGCUGGCAGCAAGGCCAAUUCGUAGGAGGCGGCACAUUUGGCAAUGUCUAUGCAGCAAUGAACCUUGACACGGGCCAUCUGAUGGCCGUCAAGGAAAUUCGACUGCAGGAUCCCAAACUUAUCCCACAGAUCGCCGAGCAAAUCAGAGAAGAGAUGGGUGUACUGGAAGUGCUGGAUCAUCCCAAUGUGGUAUCAUACUAUGGCAUCGAAGUGCACCGAGACCGAGUGUACAUUUUUAUGGAGUUUUGUUCUGGAGGAUCUUUGGCCAGUCUCUUGGAACAUGGUCGAAUCGAAGAUGAGCAGGUCAUCAUGGUAUAUGCCCUUCAACUGCUCGAGGGUCUUGUCUAUUUGCAUGAGAGCGGCAUUGCCCACAGAGACAUCAAGCCCGAAAAUAUUUUGCUCGAUCAUAACGGAAUCAUCAAGUAUGUGGACUUUGGCGCCGCCAAGGUUAUUGCUCGACAGGGCCGCACACUUGCUGGCGAGAAGCAAGCAACGUUGGCAAACCGAUCCAUGACAGGAACGCCGAUGUAUAUGUCACCUGAGGUGAUCAAGGGUGAGAACCCUGGUAAGCCUGGGGCCGUCGACAUCUGGUCUCUAGGCUGUGUUAUUCUGGAAAUGGCUACCGGAAGAAGGCCAUGGGCACAGCUCGACAACGAGUGGGCGAUCAUGUACAACAUUGCGCAAGGGAACCCGCCCCAGCUGCCACCUACAGAUCAGCUCAGCCCUCAGGGAAUCGACUUCCUGAAGAAAUGUUUCACAAGAGACCCUCGUAACCGAUCGUCAGCAGUUGAGUUGUUGCAGCACGAAUGGAUCACGUCGAUCCGAAGUCAGGUCGUGGAACCGGCAACGCCAAGCGACACAAGCUCGGCACAGUCGACGCCAACAGUCAGCUCGACCUCAAGCAGGCUUGGAGGAUCUGAUGGGUUUUACUAG